AUGCUCUCCGUGAAGGCCAACGUUGCUCCAGCCAUGUUCCCGCUCGCGCCUCCGCCGCGUGUACUUCAGCCGCUGCCGCAGCCGGCCGCCCCGUACAACAAGUACAACCACGCCGUGGCGGCACCACCCGUGCUCGGCGUCCAGCGGAGCUGGACGCCAUCGGCUCGCUGCUCGCGAGCUACCCCUUCGUCGCAAUCGACACGGAGUACCCGGGCACCGUCCACCGCCCGCCCCCCCGGGAGGAGCGCGGCCCAGCUCGCCCCGCCCGAGCAGUACGCGCUGGUCAAGGCGAACGUCGACGAGCUCACCGUCGUGCAGCUCGGGCUCACGCUCUGCGACGAGUACGGGAACAUCCCCAUCGCCCUCGACGGCGGCGGCCGCCCGCUCGAGGUCGCGUGGGAGGUGACCUUCUCGGACUUCGACGCCCGCCGCGACCGCCACGCCCUGGAGUCCGUCGAGUUCCUGCGGUCGAGCGGCAUCGACUUCGACCGGUCCCGCGCGCGCGGCGUGGCCUCCGCGGCGUUCGCGGCCAAGCUCGCCGCCGUCCUGUCGUCGGCUCGGGAGCAGCGGCGGGGUGGCGAGCUGACGUGGGCGGCGUUCGGCGGCGCGUACGACUUCGCGUACCUGGUGAAGAUGCUCGCCGGUGGGCGGCCGCUGCCGGGGACCUGGCACGCGUUCGCAGCGCAGGCGAGGGCCCUCCUCGGCGGGCGACUGUUCGACGCCAAGUACAUGGCGGAGCACUGCGAGCGCGCGGACCUGUGCGGGGGCCUCAGGCGCGUGGCCGCCAGCCUCUCCGUGCAGCGGACGAACUCCCCGGAGCCGCCGGCGGCGUGCCUUGCUGGCCAGAAGAGCCACAGCGCCUGCCGCAUCUACACGGCGAUGAGGAGGCGCAUCCUGUACCGUGACGGCGGCGCCAGCCAUCAAGGUCUCAUGGAUGGCCUGCACCAUUGAUGAUACAUUAGGGAUUGUUUUUUUU